UCCUCCUUUCCAUCCUCUCUCCUUCAAUUCACCUCCUUCUUCUGUACUUCUAAGGGGAAAGAAAAGUACGAAUAUCUCCCUUUUUCUUUGAUACCUUCUUCCGGUUUCUUCUCAAUUUCCUUCCGAAGAAUGCUAAGCAUGGUUUCACUUCAAGCUGUAUAUGGUCGGGCCUUUGUGUUUCUGCUGAUUUUGACUCGGGGGUUAGCAGGGGAUAUAGUCCACCCCGAUAAUACAGCUCCCAGGAAGCCUGGUUGCGACAAUAACUUUGUCCUGGUCAAAGUCCCUACAUGGAUUGAUGGUGUAGAAGACAGUGAGUAUGUUGGUAUUGGUGCACGGUUUGGCCAGUCGUUGGAAUCAAAAGAAAAACAUGCCAACCAUACCAGAGUUGCCUUGGCUGACCCUCCUGAUUGUUGUAGCAAGCUGAAAAAUGAGCUUACUGGCAAGGUCAUUUUGGUGCACCGAGGAAAUUGUAGUUUCACAACCAAGGCAAAUAGAGCUGAAGAAGCUGGGGCUUCUGCCAUCCUUGUCAUAAACUACCGAACAGAACUUUUCAAGAUGGUUUGUGACGAGAAUGAAACUGAUGUUGAUAUUAGAAUACCUGCUGUCAUGCUUCCACAAGAUGCUGGUACAAACUUGGAAAAACAUUUGGAGAAUAACUCCAUUGUUUCGGUGCAGUUAUACUCUCCAUUGCGUCCAGCAGUUGAUGUUGCAGAAGUGUUUUUAUGGCUCAUGGCCGUGGGUACCAUUCUAUGUGCUUCUUAUUGGUCAGCGUGGACCACCAGAGAAGCAGCCAUUGAGCAUGAGAAGCUAUUAAAGGAUGGUUCAAAUGAACUUGUGAAUAUGGAAAAUGUUGGUUCCAGUAGUUAUGUGGAAAUUAGUACUGCUGCAGCAAUUCUUUUUGUUGUGGUUGCUUCCUGUUUCUUGGUCAUGAUUUACAAAUUAAUGUCAUACUGGUUUAUUGAGAUUCUGGUGGUUCUAUUUUGCAUCGGUGGGGUAGAGGGACUGCAAACUUGUUUAGUGGCUCUUCUAUCAUGUUUCAGAUGGUUUCAACAUGCUGGGCAAACUUUUGUUAAAGUACCCUUAUUUGGAGCUGUCUCAUAUCUGACACUUGCAGUUACUCCUUUCUGCAUAGCGUUCACUGUUGUUUGGGCAGUACAUCGCCGCAUCUCCUUUGCUUGGAUUGGUCAAGAUAUUCUUGGUAUUGCUUUGAUAAUCACAGUUCUUCAGAUAGUCCGCAUACCGAAUCUCAAGGUUGGAACUGUUCUUCUUAGUUGUGCCUUCCUCUAUGACAUCUUUUGGGUCUUCGUCUCUAAAUGGUGGUUUCAUGAGAGCGUCAUGAUAGUGGUAGCUCGAGGUGAAAAGGGUGGUGAAGAUGGUAUACCCAUGCUUUUAAAGAUACCCCGCUUGUUCGAUCCUUGGGGUGGUUACAGUGUCAUUGGUUUUGGGGACAUAAUCUUACCUGGACUGCUAGUAGCAUUUUCUCUCAGGUAUGAUUGGUUGGCAAAGAGGAAACUCAGGGCUGGAUACUUCUUAUGGGCAAUGACAGCUUAUGGUUUAGGUCUUCUUGUCACAUACAUAGCUUUGAAUAUAAUGGAUGGGCAUGGCCAACCAGCUUUGCUAUACAUAGUUCCAUUUACGCUUGGAACCUUUUUGGCAUUGGGAAAGAAGAAGGGUGAACUCAAGAUUCUAUGGACGAGAGGUGAACCAGAAAGACCUCCUUGCCCGCACAUGCUAGGCCAACGAGAGGAUCAGCCACAGUAAAUGAAACAUUACUUACCCUGCAUAGUAGUAUUUUAGGUUGUUCAGUUUACUUGAGCCCAAUAGAAACUUAGGACAUUGUGUCAGAUUUGUGCCCUGGUUGUAACCAUUGCAAAGGCAUUAAACCCAUAAUAUGGUAGCUUAGAUUUGAUGGUAGGCAUCCCAUGGAAUCCACAGCAACUAGUAGAUGUAAAAUUUUGAGUGGUAGACAGUAUGGAAGGCCUUGUAAUUAUCCUUUGAAGUUGCUUCAAGAAGCAAAACACAACAUUGUGAAGGAAAAAAUAGCAGAAAGUAACAAGUGCGGAUGACAUGAGAAUGAUUUUUAAUGAUAGGCAUGCUUGUGGAUUCAGCCACAGAUCUGAAAUC